AAAAAGAGAAGCGGUCACCGCCGAACCCUAGCUUUGCGAUUCCCAAAUUGUUUUGGGUGAGAAAAGAUCUAUUUAGGGAUAGAAAUUUCUCUGCUCAAGAUUGUUUCCCUAUUCGGGCAGUGGGUAGAUUUGAUCCGACUCCUACCAUCUUUAAAAUUUCCACCGAGAAGCUAGAUUUUCCUAGAUCGUUUGUUGAGGUGGUCAAGGGAGGGAUGGAGCGAGGGCAGGGAGGGCAGCGGCAACACCGUCCACUGCCAGGGAAGAAGUCGGCGCCUUAGGAUGGGAAAGCCACGGGCCCGCCGGCCGGAGGUGCGGCUAUGGUGGCAAGUGCUGUCAAGCAGGGGCAGCAACCCCCCAAGCAGGCGUCGCGGGGGAUCCAACAGCAGCAAAUAGCCGAUGCGACAGUCCCAGCUCCAAUUCCUCCUCCUCCUGUUGUUAUAGUUCAAGCACUGGAUCCCAGGUACAAAGACAUGAUCUGCUUUAACUGUAGCUGGCCAGGGCAUUAUGUGGGGAACUGCAUUGAGCCGAAGAAAUGCUUUAUUUGCAUGGGAGGCCAUAACGUCAAUAACUGUGCUGCCUGGGCGAAACCACACCCUACAGCGACGUACUUUGGUAGUGUAGCAGCUGGUCUAGGUUUUUACCACAUUGAUGUUCCUACUGCAUCAGAACUGAACUGGCUCAACUACAAGAACUGUGCAGUUCUCAAAAUUGUGAAGGGUGAAGUUUCUGCCUCAGAGUUACUGAUUCAGCUCAAUGGGAAUUUUUUGUAAAAAUAAGGAAUGGCCUUGGCAUAUUAGGGACUUGGGAGAGAAGAAAUUCUUGCUGAGAUUUCCACCUUGGAAGAAUGUGGAAGACCUGAUUGAGUUUCCUGCAUUUGAGCUCCCAAUUGAUGGUGUUUCUGUCAAGAUUUGUGAAUGGGUUGGGAUGUUGGAUGAAUUUGGAGGACUUACUGAGGCCUGGGUUCAAAUUGAAGGGAUUCCUCCAAAGUGGUGUGCCUAGAAGGUGUUUGCACAGAUUACAACUUGCUUAGGGAUCCUGGUUGAUGUAGACUGGAAUGGUAUAUUCAAGAGUUUUUAUGAGAAUAUCAGAGUGAAAGUGGCUUGUAGAGACCCCAGGAAAAUCCCUUUUGAGAGGUUAGUGGAAAUGAAAAGGAAGCUAUACAUUCUGUUCUUCACUGUUGAGGGUUUUGAACAACUGGGGGAGGAUUCUGAUGGAGAUGAUCUAGACCCAGAUGUUGACAGUAUGGAGAAAGAGGAAGAAGAUAACAAUGAAGACAUGCCUAGCAAGGAUAAAACUCAGAAAGAAGACAUGGGGGAACCUAUUGAUGAGCUGGACAAGGCUAAUUUUCCUUCCAAGAAUAAUCUGGCUACAAGCUCUAGUCAGCCAAAAUCACAGAGAACUGCUUCUGCAGUGGAUUUUCACCCUCCCAACAUGCUGGACACAAUUCAUGAGGACUUUGUGGAAGAAAUUAGAUGCAAAACUCCUGAGAAGAGGGAAGAGGCAGAAAGUGAAAAAUCCACACCUACAAAAACCUUUUCUUCUGGAAGACCUGAUUCCUUGUCAGCUCAUAUGGAAUAUUUCUCUACACAACUAAGCAAGUUUGAAAUGGCUGAGACUGAUGAAGAAGAGGAAGAAUUAGUGGAUGAAAUGCAAUGUUUACCUGAUGAUUUGGCUUUGGCGAUGGGAUCUGUCAAGAGAUCCUUACUGGAAAUUCUGGAGAGCGUGGAAUCGGUGCAGAAGAAAAAACCAAGUGUCAAAAACUCUCCUGUUUGGGGGGCAGUUCUCACAAACAAACCAAAUACCAGGAAUCAUGGGGACGUUAGGAUCAUGGACAAAGCAGCUGCGUACGUGAAGAAGAAGAAUCUGGAAAUUCCUACUACCUUCAAAGGGGCAAAAAUGGAGAAACGUGAACUGCAUUCUUGCAAGACUAAGCUCUUAUUUGCAUCAGUGGAAUGUUUCUGCGACGAUGCUCAAGCAAGCCUGUUGCAAAGGUGUAUCCUCCUGUUGGACAAGCGACGUGGAGAGCUGAUGCGGAUAGCCUGGAAGUGAGGUGUGGGAGGGGAGCAUGAAAGACGCGCGUGGAAGAAAUCUUCUUUGUUCCCUUUCCUUCUGACCUGGUUCUGUAAUAAGUAGUACUCAGUUUCAUUCUCAUAUUCUGUUGGAGAGAACUUCUGCUCUCGAGAUUCUAGGCAGCGUAGUCGCCUAGAAGUAGUUGUUUUAUUUCUUUGUUUAGGUGCUGUUGGAACUACUUGUGCUGCUUCGAUC